UUGGAAGAAUGAGAAUUUGCGGAGGAAAGAAGGGUAUGGGGUGGAUGGGUGUGGAAGUUGAUCAAUGAAGAGUGGACGACGAAAGGAAGGGGCUUUUAUGGUUAAGCCCCUGUGCUGUGCAUACUCCUUCACAUCUGAAUGGUUUUCCGACCGUAGAGAGUAUCAGACUACUACUUUUUUACAGGACCCUUCUGUCGUUGUGUUGCCUAUUUCAUUUUUGAUAAAACCCAAUAAAUUUCUUUCUUUUUUGUUUCGGAAAUUUUGGAAAAUGGUGACGACGCUUGUAUUCUUCUUGCUACUGAGUGUAUAGCUCUGUUUUCUUUUGUUUCCUUUUGGCUUCAUUAAUUCUACUGUUUUCUCGUCAAAAUCAAAUUGGGGAAGAGGGGAUUUGGGAUUUGGGAUUUGGGAUUUGGGAUUUGAUUGAGAUGACAUCAAUUCUCGUUUUCCUUUCUUUUUGACCAUCUCCACUUUACAUAGUACAUACAUGUGGAUCUUUUCUUUUCCUCUUCGUCAUUUUGUUUUUUACAGCUACUGAGAAGAUCUUCUUACUGUUCCUUCCUUCUUGGAUUUUCCAUCCAGCAUGAAAAUCUUAGUCCUGUCUACUUUCAAAAACUCUUAUUUGCAAGGGGUGGUGGUCUCCUUGGAAUCUUGGACUGUUUCCAAGUUGGGUAACUAAAAGCGGCAAGCACUCGUUGCAGGAAUUGGGUUCUGUUAACUGUGUCUGUUUCUGUUUCUGUACAACAACAUAUCUUUUCUCCUUCGGAGUUGGGAGUUGGGAGUUGGGACUUGAGGGUUUUCUUCAAGUGGGCAAGAAGCUUUCUCUCUGUGGAAUACUGAGUUGGGAGUUGGUACUUGAGGGUGUUCUUCAAGUGGGCAAGAAGCUUUCUUUUGUGACUUUUGUCAUGGAGCUGGGAGUUCCUGCUUCUUCAUUCAUGUUAAGGAAUUCUUGAAGGGAAACAUUUAGCUCAGAAGAAUGAAGUUUAUGAAACUUGGAUCUCGUCCUGACACUUUCUACACAACGGAUGCCGUAAGGUCUGUCUCCUCAGAAGUCUCCAGUGAUCUCAUAAUUCAAGUCAAGGGUUGCAGGUAUUUGCUUCACAAGUUUCCUCUGCUUUCCAAGUGCUCACGCUUACAGCAGCUAUGCUCUGAAUCACCGGAUUCCUCCCAACACCAAAUACUUCAACUCCCAGACUUCCCUGGUGGAGUUGAGGCCUUUGAGACCUGUGCCAAGUUCUGUUAUGGCAUUACCAUCACCGUCAGUGCCUUUAACUUUGUUUCAGUAAGAUGUGCUGCUGAAUAUCUCCAGAUGACCGAGGAUGCAGAGAAGGGAAAUCUUAUAUAUAAGCUUGAAGUUUUCUUCACUUCAUGCAUUCUCCGAGGGUGGAGGGACUCCAUUGUAACACUACAGAGCACCAAAUCCAUCUCUUUGUGGUCAGAAGAUCUUGAGAUCACAAGUAGAUGUAUUGAUGCCAUUGCUUCCAAAGUCCUGACCCAUCCCUCUAAGGUGUGUUUGUCACGAAGUUAUUCCAGAGGGGGUAGAGACGAUACUUCCUGCAACGGAACAGAGAGCCAGAGACACAGGCUAGCACCAAAGGGAUGGUGGGCUGAAGAUAUAGCAGAACUGGGUAUAGACCUUUAUUGGAGAACCAUGGUGGCUAUUAAAUCCGGUGGAAGGAUACCCGCAAAUCUCAUCGGUGAGUCGUUGCUUAUUUAUGCAUCUCGAUGGCUACCUACCAUGUCUAGAGAUGGGAUUGCCACCAGCAAACAAGCAACACCGGACAACUGUUCGGACUCGAUUGGAGAGAUAACCUCAAAGCACCGUUUGCUUUUGGAAUCGAUUGUGAGCUUACUUCCCAUGGAGAGAGGUUCUGUUUCUUGUAGCUUCUUGCUUAAGCUCUUAAAGGCUGCGAACAUACUUGGUGCUUCUUCUUCUUCUAAGAUGGAAUUGGCCAGAAGAGUGGGAAUUCAGUUGGAGGAAGCAACAGUCAAUGAUCUUUUGAUACCGUCACUCUCGUACACCAAUGAAACUCUAUAUGAUGUGGACCUAGUCAUGAUUAUAUUGGAGCAAUUCAUGUUGCAGGGUCAGAGUCCCCCUACUAGCCCUCCAAAAGCCAGGCUUGGGUUCGAAAGGAGGAGGUCUCGGUCUGCAGAGAAUGUUGAUUUUGGGUUUCAGGAGAGCAGGAGGUCUUCUUCGGCAUCACACAGCUCAAAAUUGAAGGUAGCAAAACUUGUGGAUGGUUAUCUUCAAGAGAUUGCUCGAGAUGUGCAUUUGCCUUUGUCAAAGGUGAUUGCAUUUGCUGAGGCCAUUCCAGAUUUCGCCAGGCCUGAUCAUGAUGAUCUCUACAGAGCAAUUGAUAUUUAUCUCAAGGCACAUCCAAACCUCAACAAGAGUGAACGUAAACGGUUGUGCCGCAUCCUAGACUGCAAGAAGCUUUCAAUGGAAGCAUGCAUGCAUGCAGCACAGAAUGAGUUACUCCCACUGAGGGUGGUGGUACAAGUACUUUUCUUUGAGCAAGCGCGUGCUGCCAUGGCUGGUGGCCAAGUGACUGAGCUUCCUAAUAACAUAAAGGCACUUCUAGCCCCUCAAGAACAUGACCCAUCAAAGCAUCCACCACCCUUAGGAUCUAACACCACUGGUCUGGUAGACGACGAGUGGAGCGUCUCAGGCCUCAAAUCUCCCAAGUCAAAGCUGUCAACUCUACGGAUGAAGCUAGCCGAAGAUGACACUGACGUGGGUGAGAAUGACGUGCAGCAAGAUGGAAUUGGGAGGAGUUCUAAACUUAAGGCCUUCUGCACUCUUCCUACUAGACCCAGGAGAAUAUUCAGUAAGUUGUUGUCUAUCAACAGAAGUGUGAAUGAAAGGCAUUGAUUUAUUACGCAUGUAAUUUAGGUGGCGAAAUGUUAUUGGGUAGGUCUAUAAAUAGUCUAUUUUUGUUUUCUUGUUUCUUCUUGGCUUGCAACUUCCUUGUAAACUCUAGGAAAUCAAAUCUCAUUUUGCAUUGCCCGUGUACUUUAUCCUAAUAAACAACUGAAUCUUCAGGAAACAAAAACCUUCUGGGGGUUUCCAAUUGUGCAAAAUGCCUGGGAACCCAAGUUUGUAAAUGACCAAAGUGAACUUCAGUUGUUAGUUUUGUAUUUUUAUUCACAAUUUUCCCUCUCUUUUCUGUCUGAACUUAUUGAUUCUACUUAGUGGGGCAUAUAUGUUUGUGAAAUGCAAUAUUGGCUUCUUUCUUUGUUUUUA